AUGUCUCAUGACGAUGAGAGAUUUACACUUCAAGAAUGGAUGGAAGCAACACACUUCUUCCAUGAUGGAAAGGAUGAAUUCACCAAGGAGGAACUUGCGAAGAUUUGCGAGACAAUUAUCUGCAUGUUGAAAUUUGAGCCAUCCCUCAGAGCCACGCCAAGCGAAAUUCUUGCCCAGGGUAGCUAUCUGGAGGUCUUAUUAGAAACUACGCAGAUCCGCUCUGAAGUGGCUGCCCAUUCACGUCGCCAGUGGUUUGUCAAACAUAACAGUGGUGGUAGUAAAACAGUCUAA